AUGGUUAAACUCGAAUUCUUCGCUGUGGAUCAUUGGCUUGCCGAGCGAUCAAAGUCUGCCCGUCACAACCUAGCUCAUACCUCAGCGCACCCAGUAUCCAUCUCAGAGCUUGAAUCAAUUGCUAGUGGAGAGGACCACAACGACUUCCUCCCUUCUCUUCUAUCUCAGCCUCUCGACUACCCUGCAGAUUUUGCCGGCCUUCCCUCCCUGCGAAAGAAGAUCGCGAAACUCUAUUCAGAUGACUUGCCAUUUGAAAAUGUGCUGACGACCGCCAGCGGAUCUCUUGCCAAUUUCAUUUUUUUCUAUGCUUUGAUUGGCCCCGGGGAUCAUGUCAUUGUCACUUCUCCUGGUUAUCCCCAGCUUCAAGCUGUCCCUGGCUCGUUAGGUGCAGAGGUGAGCUAUUGGAAGGCCAAAGCCUAUGACAAGUGGAGCUUCGACCCCAAGGAGCUAGAAGGACUUAUUAAGGCGAACACCAAAAUGAUCGUCAUCAACAAUCCUCUCAAUCCCCUGGGAACUGUCCUCUCCGACGCAGAACUGCGCAAGAUCAUCGAGAUUGCUUCUAAACACUCUAUCAUCGUGUUUUCCGACGAGAUCUACCGGCCGAUUUUCUACCCCUCAGAUGGCGACGGAUAUGAUACUCCGCCUUCCAUUAUCUCCUUAGGCUAUGAAAAUACCAUAGCCACAUGCGCCCUAUCAAAGAGCUAUUCCCUUGCGGGAAUCCGCAUCGGGGUCCCUGGAAGAUUGACAAUCAACCACGAGAACUUCAUGGUCUCUCAGCACUUCAAGAUCGAAAUGGUUGGCGAAAGUAUUGCCGUUGGAGUCAUUGGGGCAACUGGCAAGACGGGCCAGUCUGUGGUCGAUGGUUUGCUUAGCUCCGAUCUCAAUUUCAAGUUGGAGAUUCUCGGUGCUAUUUCGAGAGCGGGGUUGCCAUACACCAUCAUUCAUGUCGGUUGCUGGUUCCAGGUCGUUGUUCCCAAGAUACCUUCUGGCAGAUCAGAUCAUGCGCACAUGAAGUACAUUGACCAUCGCAUUGUAGAAGAUGGGAACCAAGUUUUUGCAUUGACAGACAUGGCAGACGUUGGAAAGUAUGUCGCACAAAUCAUCGGUGAAGAGCCUCCAAAAGACUACGUCUCUGAGACCGAGCUACACCAAAUCGUUGAGACCUCUGGCUGGAGGCUCAAGGAAAGUUCUGAGGGGGUAACACAUCCAAGCAACAUCAUGGACAUUGCCCAAUACAACAUGGGACAGUACCGCCUUUCUUGGUGCGUUAGAGGGGACAAUACACCGGAGUACGCUGAUUACUUGGGAUACUUGGACUUUUGGAAGCUCUUCCCGGAAUUUGAGAGAGGUAGAACUCUUGAACAAUUCUUUCUACACAUGAUCAACGGAGGGUCACCAGGAUAUGUCAUGGCAUAG